GCAGCCAUGGCGUCUAGUCUUUACCACCAAUGUAUUAAUCCCUUAUUUACUCAAUCUCUUCACCGGAAAAAUCAGAAUUACAGUUAUUUCUGCUACUCUACUAAUCAACUAAGAAAUAAUUAUACUAAUUGCUCAGCUCGACUCCGAACUACACUCCUCAAAUCAUCUAGUGACAAAAAUCCUAAAACCUUAUCACAAAAUUCGAUUCCUAACUCAAAUUCCGAUUCCGGCGAAAGUCGGGUCAAGAAUUCGGAUCCUGACCCGGUACCCGAACCGGAUAUUCCAUCAUCGUCAUUGUGGGAUUCAGUCACUUCCCUGCUGGAAGUGCUGAAAUUGGAUGGAAUUGGAUGGGAUAUUGUGUCAAUUGCGUUGCCCGCAGCGUUAGCUCUUGCUUCUGAUCCCAUUACUUCACUUGUUGAUACUGCAUUUGUUGGACAUUUAGGAUCUGUUGAAUUGGCAGCAGUAGGUAUUUCGGUAUCAGUUUUCAACCUCAUCUCGAAAUUGUUCAAUGUUCCUUUGCUCAACGUCACAACUUCAUUCGUUGCUGAAGAGCAGGCAUUAAUUGCUAAAGAUAGCUCACCUGAUUCACAAAGCAAGAUACUACUUCCUUCAGUAUCAACUUCUUUACUACUUGCCCUCGGCCUUGGCAUUGUGGAAGCUGUUGGACUUUUUGUUGGCUCCGGUUUCCUGAUGAAUACCAUGGGUAUAUCUGUUGAUUCACCGAUGCGUGCACCAGCUGAGCAAUUCCUUACGAUGAGGGCAUUUGGAGCUCCACCAGUCGUUAUUGCACUUGCUGCUCAAGGAACAUUUCGUGGAUUUAAGGACACAAAAACUCCUUUAUAUGCUGUUGGAGGUGGUAACUUGCUAAAUGCAUUAUUGUCUCCAAUUUUGAUAUUCACCUUUGGUUUUGGCGUUAGUGGUGCUGCAAUUGCUGGUGUGAUUUCUGAAUACUUGACUGCUUCUAUCCUUCUGUGGAAAUUAAACGGGAAAGUUCUUCUUAUUGCUCCAGACGUUAACGUGGGAAAAUUUCCUCAGUAUCUUAAAUCUGGUGCACUUCUAAUAGGGAGGACUUUAGCACUUCUAAUUACCACUACGCUGUCAACGGCUCUGGCAGCACGAGAGGGCCCCGUGCCUAUGGCUGGUCAUCAGAUAUGUGUUGAAGUUUGGCUAGCAGUAUCUUUGCUAACUGAUGCCUUGGCACUUGCCGGGCAGGCUCUCCUUGCCGGUGGAGUUUCUCAAGGUAAUUAUCGCCAAGCACGCGAAGUGGUUUAUAAAGUUCUACAGAUUGGUGCAUUGACAGGAGUUGCCUUGGGUUUUAGCUUGUUCGUUGGUUUUGGAGCACUCUCCGCCUUAUUCAGCACGGACUCUGAAGUUGUGGAAAUUGCCAAAUCUGGUACUCUGUUUGUUGCUGGAUCUCAGCCAGUAAAUGCCAUUGCCUUCGUUCUUGAUGGGCUCUAUUAUGGUGUUUCAGACUUCGAAUUUGCUGCAUAUUCUAUGUUUGUGAUUGGAAUAAUCUCCUCAAUCUUCUUACUUGUGGCUGCACCAUUGUUCGGUCUUCCUGGCGUCUGGGCGGGACUCUUUCUCUUUGUUGCCUUGCGUGUUGUAGCUGGACUUUGGAGGCUACAAACAAGAGAUGGACCAUGGAAAUUUCUUCGGACGGAUAUGGAACAGGAUAGUGUCUGACUUUCAAUGAGCAAGUAAUUGAUUCUCUAUAACGAUCGGGGGAUACUCUAUUAGGCUUAUGCCAAGGAUGGCGCGAAUUGCUGAUGAUCAUACAUCAUCCAGGCAUUUGCAGAUCUUGGCAAAAUUGAACUCCUGAUAUCCGGACAGAUAAUUCUACAGUACAGGCUUGUCAAUUUCAUCCAUCUCUUUGGUCAGUCUCUACUGAGGGGUUGACGAUUUAUCCUCGAGAUUGCUAUUGUGGAGGUUUGAAGAAUCCAUGAUCAAGCUACAUCAUCUCUAUGACCACUAACUUGGGAAUCUUUUUCGCCAUUUUUCUUCGAUUUGUGAAAUAAUUCAAAAGAGAGA